GUGAAAACAGGCCCUGGAGAGAGGAGAUGUACAUGCUUUUUUCUGGCUGUGUUGUUUAAUUCCCGCCUUCCUUGUUGUUAUAUGACAGCCCACAAGGAACACCAAGCAUUAGCCACACCCUCAGUGACGUGCAUGUGUGUGGGUGGGAUCUGCCUGUCCCAAUCAUGCAAGAGUAUCGUUUUCACGGAAAUGGGUGGAGGAAGAAACAGAGUCAGGAAACAAAAGCUGUCAAAGAUAGUGCGGGAGAGACCAGCUCAGCACUGUCAUCUUAAAAAGACUUCAUGGCUUUUAUGAAUCAGAAGCAAUUAUUAGUAACAGAAACACACCCCAUAAUAAAGUGUGUAAUUGAUGAUGACUUCAAGAACCUCAAAAAAUUGCUGAAAAUUAGUGACAUUAAUAAUCUCCUCACAUGCGUGGAAAGUAACGAUUCUAUAACCCCACUUAUAGCUGCUGUUGCAAGUUGCAAGUGGGACAUUUUCAUCUGGCUUCUUAAUGUUGAUGCAAACCCAAAUGUUGUGUCCAAAAAUGGCUUUACAGCUUUGCAUUAUGUCUCACAAUCUCAAGCGCCGCCAAAAUUUGUCCGCAAACUAAUUGAAGCUAAAGCUGAUCCAAAUGUAGUGAUACAGAAUGCAUUUGGCCAGAAAGUCAAACUCUCACCACUUCAAAUUGCUAUCAUGCAUGACAGAGAGGACAUUGUGAAAGAGCUCCUCUCUGCUGGUGCACUGGUAGAUGUGUUUCCUGUCAAUUAUCCUGAACUCAUUCAUUCUAAUGGAAAAUUGGUUCAGGUGAUGAACAGAUUGGCAUCCAGUGGAGAUGAACUAUGUUCAAAACUAAGAAAAAUUGUGGAACUGAAAAUUGCUUUGCAAAUGAAAACGCCUAAAGAAGUGUUUGAAACUUUUGGCAGUUACAUGUUGUAUGAGGAUCCUCAGACUCAUUUGACCAUAAUUGAACUGCUUUGUUGUGUAACUGGUAAAUAUACAGAAAAAUACCAACAGCUCAGCAUCAACUGGGUGAAGAAACCUGAAAUGUUCAACUCCUACAUCAAAGGGGCAGUGAGUCGCCUUCCAAACAUUCCCGAAGUAUAUCUAUAUGUACCCAUAAAAUGCUUACUUGCAGUCUUCUGCACAAUGGAGGAGAUAUCAACUGAGCAAGCACUCGUGAUUAUUCCCCAACUACUGGAUCAACUCAAGCCCAAAAAUGGACUGAAUUUGAAUCCAGUAGUAGACAUUCAGCAAAUCAUAUAUUUGAUCACACAGAAAACACAAGUCACAAAUGAAUGGCAUCCCAACUUUAUUGAGAAGUUGUGCAACACAGUUGUUCCUUUUGUGAAGGAUCAAUACUCCACUGAUGUCCGCAUCUACACCUAUGGCAUAGUUGCUAACUUGCUUUCUGUUGAACAAGCUGUAAGCAUCUUUACAUCAGUGGGGAUCACAUCAGUGCCCGAAGACAUCCUAACAUCAGCAGAUAUGAACAUGAACGAUAAGCUGAAAGAGGCUCUCAGAUGUUUAAAAAACUAUUUGAGCAAACUGAAUGAAGAGAGUGAGGAUGGUGCCGCUGUACCCGAAUCCAGGAAGAAGAAGAAAAAGAAGAAGAAGAAGAAGGAGAAAGACCAGCACAACAACCAAUAUGUUGAAGUUUGUGGUCCUUCAACUGAUCCAGCAGCAGUUCCUUGUAAACCAGUGGGAACACAAGAACCACCACACUUUAGCAAGAGGUGGAGGGAGAAGUUAGAGAAGCUUGCAAACCCUGAUGAAACCAAAGUGACCAGAAUUGAGAGCAUUAUGUACAUGAAUGAUGCAGAAUUUCGCAUAGCCAAGGGAAGUGAUGGCACUGAAGUUUUCUUGGGGCUGAAAAGUGAUGGCACUGAAGUGGCAAUUAAGAGAAUGUCGAGAACCAACUAUCAAGUGCUGAUGAAUGAGAAAUCACUUUUGCGACUUCCAAAGCUGUAUGACUGCCCUGUUGUACGAUAUAUCGACUUUGCAGAGGACAACACAUUUGGAUAUCUUUGUCUUCAACUUUGUGAAUACACCCUGGAAGAAUAUAUCAAAGAUAAUGAUGUGGAUAAAAAGCAACUUGUGUAUGACAUUCUUGACAGUUUAAGAGCUCUUCAUUGUCAAAGGCCUCAAAUUCUCCACCGAGAUCUCAAACCACAAAAUGUUUUAAUAGAUGUGAAUGGAAGGGCAAGAUUAGCUGACUUUGGCAUUAGUCGACGUUUACCCAAGGGCCAAACAACUUACCACACACGUAGUGCAGGAACAGAAGGCUGGAUGGCCACGGAGACUUUAAAGGAUGAAGAUGAUGUACGAUACAAGUGGAGCACUGAUAUACAGGUUGCAGGGAUGCUGAUUUACUACAUCCUCUCCGGAGGACACCAUCCAUUUGGGGUAACCUAUGAGCGAGUGUACAACAUUCAUAAAGGGAACUACAAGUUGGACCAUGUUCAAGAUGUGGUUGCAAAGGAUCUCAUCGAGUGGAUGAUCAAUAAAGAGCCAGAGAAAAGACCUAAAGUGGAAGAAUGCUUGAAUCACCCCUUCUUCUGGACCAACACAAAGAAAGUGGAAUACUUGAGAAGGGUUGGAAACAGGAACGAGGUGGCAGUUCGUGAAACGAACCAGGAAUUGGUUUCCUUAGUUGAAGAAUGGGCUGUGGGUGUAUCCUACAAUCAGUGGAGAGAAAAGUUUCCACAAGACUUGGUCGAGGAAGUGGAUGACAAGAAGAGGCCCUACCCUGACAACAUAUUUGGAUUAGUUCGUUUCAUUCGAAUACUCCGGGAGCACUAUCCCCACCACAUAGACAAAGUCGACCCACUGAGAAUCUUUCCUCAUCUCUUUGGAUGUAUUUUUAAAUUAACCAAAAGCCAAGGAUGGCAUUUGGAGUGGAGUCUCUUGAAGGAAAUGUUCACAGCAGAUGUGACACGAGGCGCCACCCAAGAUGCAAUGCCACUCGCAAACCAUGAAGAUAUCAGUGUCACUGUUCAAGAAUGUCAGCCCAGUUUUACAUAGACAACGGCUAACGCCACCAUUGUCACAGAUGCACCAGAGUAAAUGUAAAUUGUUGCUAGAAAGUAACACCUAUGAUAGACAGUUGUAUAUCAGAACUUUACCAUUUAACCUUACUAUUGAUAUGUGGACAGAUUACACUGUAUGGAAACUAUUCCGGAGUACUGAGUGGUCAAAGACCUAGAGCAGCCACUGAUAUUGGCUGGUUGACACUUCAGCUACUGUGCAUACAGGUCCCGUCUCAUGCUGCAGCACAGAGGGAAACUGCCUAUGUUCCAGAGAAACCUAAAAAUGGAAGGAUAUGUGCCUGUAUCUGUUCUGAGAGUUUAAAAUAAUGAAGAGAUUGCCAAGGGUAAUCUGUCAUGUAUGAAAAAAUAGUUUCUCUUCUUACUCAUGAAACAUGAGAUUAUUUUUAAUAACCUGUGGAUGAAACCAGUUAUGAUACUUACUUUAGCUUUAAAAAAAUAAA